AUGACUGAAGAUAUAGAGAAUAACAUAUUCACAACUUUACCUUCAGGCGAAAUGUACUAUCGAUCAUAUAUGCACAGAGAAAAUUUACAGUUCGUUGCUUCAAGUCAAACGUACCAAUUCUUUAUUACGAUGAGUGUUGAUGGCUUCAUUAAAUUUUGGCAUGCAGAUAAAACCGAAAUCGAAUUUGUUAAACAAAUACAACCACAUGAAGGUCAAUUUUGUUCGUUUUCUGUGAGUGAAGAUGAUGAAUUUAUAGCAAUUGGAACAAACAGUGGGAAAAUCAUCAUAUGCAGAAUUCAGUCAUUCGAGAUGCUUACAAAAGUAGAUUUUGGAGUUCGCACAGAAGUAAAUUUAUGUUAUAUUAAAGAUAAAUCUGCCUUAAAUCAAUACUUAGCAGUUAGUUUAGGAAAUGAAAAAUCAAUUAAAAUCGUAGAUCCAUUCAAAGAAGAUCUAGAAACGCAAAUUAUUCGUGAAUUUACUUUAAAUUCUUCUCCAAUUACAUCAAUGUGCUUUUCAUUUGAGAAAGAAAUUGGCCUUUCUGUUGACAAAAAAGGUAUGAUUACAUUUUGGGAUAUAUACGGUAAAUGUCCUGAUUUUGGAUAUACUUUAUUCCAAUCUAACUUUAUGGAAUUAAUGAGUAUCAAAGGAAAUGGUAAUAAAGUCGUAUCUUCAGCAUUUUCUAAUAAUGGCCGCUAUUUCAUAGUCUGUUGUUCAGAUUGGACAAUUCGUGAAUUUGAUAUCGAAACUGGUAAGAUUGUCCGCAGAUUUAGUGAUGAAUUAGAUGGUUCUAAGACUUAUGGAUUAGACACAGAUAUGUAUAACUCAAGAGUUAACCUUGAAAAACAAUGUCGAGAAAAUAAUUCUUAUUUUAGUGCAAUGUUUGAUAGAACUGAUAGUAUUUUAAUAAUUCCUUCCGCAUUUGGUAUCAAAUUCUAUGAUUCCCAAACAGGAACAUUACUUCGAAUUAUUGGUCGAGUUGAAAUGCAAGAAAGAUUUAAUUCUUUAGCAUUUCUGAAGUCAGAUGUUCCAAUGUUGUUAGCAUCAGCAUUCAACAAACAAAGAUUCUACUUAUUUACCAAUGAAAACGGAAAAUCCGGAAAACGUGACGCUUUCAACGAAAAAGUCACCGAAGAAGUUGUUAAAGCAGUCACGAAAGUACCACGUGUAUUGGCAUCAUCAUUACCACGCGUUGCGACUUUGCAUACAAUGAUGGGAGACAUUAAAUUCGAGAUGUUUCCUGAAGAAUGUCCUUUGACAGUUGAAAACUUCGUGACUCACUCGAAGCGAGGAUAUUACGACAACACAAGAAUCUUUCGUGUCGAAAGAGACUUCUGCAUACAGAUGGGAGAUCCAACUGGCUCUGGUAUAGGUGGAGAAUCUAUCUGGGGAGGUUAUUUCGAUGACGAAAACUUGGAUAAUGUAAUUAAUAAUUUUUCAGAAGCAUGGAUGGUUGGUAUGGCCAACGAAGGUAAGAAUACGAACGGAUCACAGUUCUUUAUAACUACUAACCCUGCUCCAUCAUUAAAUGGAAAGCAUACUUGUUGGGGAAGACUCGUUUCAGGGAAAGAAACGAUUCAAAAAAUCAUGACUGUCGAAAUUGAUAAAUACAAGCAUCCAUUAGAUCCUAUUCUCAUUGUCAAUAUAACAUUUAGCAACAACUUGUAA